AUGAUAUUUGAAUCAUAUGGUAAACCUAAAAGAGAAUUAAAGACUUUUGAUGGGAAGCCAACAAGUGUAGAUUUGGCUAAUGAGUGGCAAGAAAGUGAUGAUCUUGAUGUGUAUUCGAUGGGAAUUAAAAUAAGAAAUAAAUUUGACAAGGAUUUUGCUGAAUUUAUGUUGAUUGAAUUAUAUGGAGAUGAGAAGGAAUCAGUUGACAAUGACAAUACUUCAAACAAUAUAAGUGAUUUGAAAAGACAAACAAUUAUAACGAAGUGCAAAAGGCACAAGUUUUUGCAAAAUGGUCACAUAUUUCCUAUACUUGCUCAAAUUACUCGUGAUGUAUUAGCUCAAGAUCUACUUUCAGUACUAAUGGUCGGGUUGAUUUGGAAAGGAUUGCAGACACAUGACUAUGUUGAGGCUGACCUUGCUACUUUAUGCACCGAAGCUUCUCUUCAAAUGAUGAAUUUUUAUCUUGAUGUUUAUAGCAAUAGGGCAGCAUGUUAUACAAAGUUGGGUGCUUUGCUUGAAGGUCUUAAAGAUGCUGAGAAGUGCAUUGAGCUAGAUCCAUCAUUUUCUAAAGGAUACACAAGGAAAGGUGCAAUUGAUUUCCUUAUGAAAGUGAGCGUUGAACAGAUAAUAAGACCAACAAGGGGGAAAUUAGUGGAGAGGAAUUGCAAGUCAGACAUCGUCUGUUCUUUCGUUAUCUUGUUCUUCCCCAUCUCCCAUUUCGGUGCCCGCGUGGCCAUUGUUAGAGCCCCUCGCUCCAACUGCAAAGCCACCCUCCCCGCUUCCUCAUCUGCUCUUCCAAUGGACGCUUUCCGGCUAGGUCUCCUCUCACCUUCCCCGUCCCCCGUCAUUCCCAGAACGCACCUCGGAAGUCUUGGUUUGAAUUAUGUUUCAAUAAUAUUCGAACAAGCAAGAAAACCUAAUUACAAUGUAUCAGCCGUGCAAGUGCACCAAUACUCAACGUCACUUCCAAGUCAACAGAGAGAUGAUUUCAAAACCAAAAUUGUACAGGCAAUACCAGAUAAAGUCUUAGCAACGGCUAAUAGAGAAUACUCUAAAGAGAGAGAAAAGCAUGAGUUUGACCAAUGCUUGAAAUAUCUCAAACGCCAGUUGCUUCAUGAGCAUGAUUUGUGGUAUCUAUUCCCUCAUAAUAUGGAAAAGCACUCAUUACCAGUCUCUGUGGAAGUAGAUGCCAAAGUUACCAGUAUAAGUGGAAACAACAAUACCAUACCAAUUGAAGAUACUCCACACUCUGGCUCUGGUGCACCAUCUGAUGUUCUUGAACUUUCUACAAAAGCUAUGAUAGCCUCAAAAAGACCAGUAUUUUUAGUGGACCAAUCAAACAUCUCAGAUAUUGAAUUUGAUAAGUCACACUUUUUCAGCUUGGAUGAAAGGCCAGUUGAUGGUACUUUUACCAAUCAACAAGUAACCAUUAGAUCAGGAAGACUAUUGGAGAGACGGUCCAAGAUGCGCAAGGUGUCGAAGAAAUCAGACAAUUUUGACUAUGUUGUUCCUAGUUCAAGGGCUACAAAUCAUAUCAAGAAGAUCAAUAAGAUCAUUGAUUCCAAUGACCGACUCAGUUUAUUCUUAAAGGGUCCUGAAACAAAACAAUUAUUGACAUUUAAAGAAGAAAAAGAUUUAUUUACUCAGAUAGAGGACCUUAUGAGAUUGGAAGAUGUUAAAGAAAGACUUCGGUUGCAAACUAAACGUGAACCAACAUUGGCUGAAUGGGCUCAAGCAGUUGGAAUUAGUUGCCAUGGGUUGCAAUCCUGCCUUUCUUCUGGGAGACACAGUCGUGACAAAAUGAUUUCUGCUAAUUUACGUCUUGUGGUACAUGUUGCAAGACAAUAUGAAGGGAAGGGCCUUGACCUUCAGGAUCUGUUGCAGGAAGGAAGCAAGGGUCUUAUGAAGAGUUUUGAGAAGUUCAAGCCAGGAGCUGGAUCCAGGUUUCCAACUUAUGCAUACUGGUGGAUAAGACAUUCAAUUAAAAAGGCCAUUUUCCAGAACUCUCGGACAAUUCGAAUACCAGAGAAUGCUUUUGCAGUACUGAAAAAUAUAAAAAAUGCGAGGAGAUUGUGCAUUCAAGAAGGCCAUCUUCCAACAAAUGAAGAGGUAGCAAAACGUGUUGGCAUCACUGUUGACAAGUUGGAGAGUUUAUUAUUGAACACUAGAAUUCCAGUGUCAAUUGAAGGACGUCCUUGGUCAGAUCAUGAUGCAACUUUUCAGGAAAUUGUAGCUGACCCAGCAAUAGAGAGUCCUGAUCUUGCGAUAGCCAAGCAGAUGAUGAGGUUGCAUGUUCACAGCCUUCUAAAGAUUCUUAAACCCAAGGAGAAAGCUAUAAUUCAGUUGCAGUUUGGAAUUCACUGUGAUGAACGGAAGUCAUUGUCGCAGAUUGGUGCUAUGUAUGGCCUUUCCAAAGAGAGAAUAAGACAGAUAGGAAACCAGGCUUUGAAAAAGCUCAAGAAAUGCCUCCUUGCCCAAGGGCUUGAGGCUUAUUUAGAAUUGCUAACUUGACUCUUUUACCACUUCAUAUUUUCUUCAUAGCAUUCUAUAUUUAAAUUCAUGACUAUAUCUUACUGUACAUAAAUGUGCCAUUUCAAUGAGCAAAGACAAUUAUAUCUCUUCUUGGCACUAAUGAAGGGGGACAACA